AUGCCUUCCGAUGCAGAGAAAUGGGUCAAGUCUUGCAAAACGUGUGCAGUCAACGGAAAACCGGAGAAGCCUACGCCAACGGAACGGAUUUUUGCUCCAAGAACAGUAUGGGAAACAAUAGCGUUGGAUUUCAACGGACCAUAUCUAAAGUUUGGUGGAAUUUCCAUUUUAGUGAUAGUGGACUACAGGUCGAGAUAUUUAUUUGCUGAACCAGUAAAAUCAACUAGUUUUGAGCUCACUAAAGGUAUCCUAGAAGAAAUCUUCCAGAGAGAAGGGUUUCCAAAGAGCAUUAAGACUGAUAAUGGUCCACCGUUCAAUGGCGAAGCCUACAAAAACUACUGCGCAGAACGUGGAAUUAACACUGUGUUUUCAACCCCAUUAUUCCCCCAACAAAACGGUUUAGUAGAGAACUAUAUGAAAGUAGUAAAUAAGGCAAUGGCUACUGCAUCCGCUAACGGAACCAAUUUCAAAGUAGAGUUACAAGCCGCGGUUUCUGCCCAUAAUGCAUCUGCCCAUACUGUAACAAAAGUGCCGCCUGAAGAAAUCAUGCUUGGCCGUAAGAUCAAGCGUGGUCUUCCUCUUCUUUUCCCCGCCAAGGCCAAUCACGACGACGAAUUACUGAAUGCGCGGGACAAAAAGGCAAAACUGCAAGGCAAAUAUCUAGGGGAUGCACGACGAAGUGCACAGAACUGCCGCGUUAAACCGGGGGACACGGUUAUAAUUGAACUUACUUCUCGCACUAAAGGUGAUUCCAAAUUCGACACUAAGCGGUACACAAUUUUAGAAGAAAAAAACGGUAAUCUUCUGUUGACCGACAACGAAGGUCGCGCCUUAAGACGUCACGUAUCCCAGACGAAAAAGGUUUGUCAGUGGCGGGAUGACGAGAAAACGAAUAAUUUUGCCGCUGAAAAACAAAUUCGACCAACUAGGGAACAUAACAUUCCAAGCUACCUUCAUAAUUACGUGUUGAUUGUUGAGGAAGAAAUGGCGUAUCACAAGAGUCGAACGUUGAAUGAAUAA